AUUUUUAGUUGAAAAAUUUUUAUGAGGUAUCAUUUUGAUUUUUUGUCUAGUCGUGUAGUAGUAGUACAAUUCACGUUGUUCACAGUUGUGGAAUAAUAAUUUUUUUUUGCUGUAGAAAAGGAAAAAAAAAAAGAAAAAAAUAUAAGUAAUUAUUCUAUAAAAAAAAUUUAAUUUCAGUGUGGCAAAAUUAAUUUGAAUUAAUUUUGAGACUUGAAAAAAAAAAGAAGUAAAAAAGGAACAGUAAAAAAAUAAAAAUAAUAGAAAAACUAAAAGAAAAAAACCAAAAGUAAAAGCUUUUUUCUUUCGAAUUUGUGUUUGGAAAAAAAAAUUAAAACACCGUAUUUUGUGUAGUACAGCAAAAAAGAAAAAAAAAAAACAACAAGCAAAAAGUAAAAAAAUACAACACAAUUGGAUUCACGUCAAUUGUAUAGGGAGCGAAAAAAAAGUGAAAAAAAACUAAGAGCCGGAAUCUUAUUCAAAAAGAAAAAGAAAAAAAAGGAGGGAAAAUGUUUCACCAACAUGGUAGUAUGGUAUUUCAAACAAGGCCAGAUAGAGCACAUCAACAACGCAAUUCAAAUAUGAAUCCUGGUUUAUCAGACGCGAAUAUGCAAAAUGGAUCUAUGUUUAAUCCAAUAAUUUAUCAAAAUGGUAACCAACCCGGAGGUUAUGUUGAUUUUAUGAAUCCACAAAAUCAACGACGUAACGGCUAUUCAGAUUAUUCGAAUGUAAUGGGAAAUUUUCAAAAAUCGAGUCCAAUGAACCGUGGCAGACAGCAUAUUGUUCCUGGUGGCGGUUGUGGUGGUCCACCGCCUAAUUAUAAUAUGAAAUCAAAUAUGAAUGGUGGACCAAAUGGUGGAAAUAUGUAUCAAAAUAUUAAUUAUCAGAACAGAAAACUUGGUUUCGUGCCAAACAAAUCAAAUAAAUUUAAUAAUAAUGGUAUUGGUACUAAUGCUGGUAUGCAAAAUGGGAUAGAUAUAAAUAAAUAUAAAAAUAAUGACAACGAUGAGGGUGAUCAAUCAUCACAAGAAAACGAACUUCAAAAAAGGCAACAGCAAAAUCAUUAUGCAAGCAUGAAUAAAAAUCAAAUACCUUUAGGUAUAAUGUCAAAAGAAGAACGCGCCAAAAUUCAAAGCGAUAAAGCUAAAAAUCCAGGAAAAAAUUUAAUUAAACCAAUUUGGGAAAAUCUUAAGCCUUUCCAAAAAAACUUUUUAGUUGCACACCCAAAAACUUCAGCAUUAACUGAAAAUGAUGUCACCGAUAUGCGUACUGAUUUAGAAAUAACAGUAAUUGGAAAUUCGGUACCAAAACCUAAUAUGAAUUUUGAAGAAGCUUGCUUACCAGACAAUGUGGUUACUGAAAUGAAGAAACAAGGAUUUUUGAAGCCUACUGCAAUUCAGUCCCAAGGUUGGCCUAUUGCAUUAUCUGGUCGUGAUUUGGUGGGAAUAGCUCAAACAGGAUCUGGAAAAACAUUGGCUUAUAUGUUACCAGCUAUGGUUCAUAUAUCACAUCAACCACGGGCAACUCGUGGAGAAGGACCAAUUGUGUUAGUAUUAGCACCAACAAGAGAACUUGCUCAACAAAUUCAAACUGUGACACGUGAUUAUGGUUGUACUUCUCGACCUAUAAUUCGUCAUACUUGUAUAUUUGGUGGGUCACCAAAAAUGCCUCAAGCCAGAGAUUUAGAACGUGGCGUUGAAGUUGUUAUAGCCACACCUGGCAGAUUGAUUGACUUCCUUGAAAAAGGCAUAACAAAUUUGAAACGCUGCACUUAUUUAGUUUUAGAUGAGGCUGAUCGUAUGCUUGACAUGGGAUUUGAACCACAAAUACGUAAAAUAAUCGAACAAAUACGUCCAGAUCGUCAAGUAUUAAUGUGGAGCGCGACGUGGCCAAAAGAAGUUCAAGCUUUAGCUGAAGACUUUUUGAAUGAUUAUAUUCAAAUCAACAUUGGAUCACUGAAUUUAUCAGCUAAUCAAAAUAUUCGCCAAAUGAUUGAGGUUUGCUCCGAAGAAGAAAAGGAAGCAAAAUUAGUUCAAUUAUUAAAGGAUAUUGCAUCAGACAUUACCAGUAAGGUUAUUAUUUUUGUUGAAACCAAAAAGAAGGUUGAAGACAUUUUAAAAACGAUUCGUCGCGAAAAUUUUGUAGCAACAUCAAUUCAUGGGGAUAAAUCUCAAGCGGAAAGAGAUCUAGUUUUACAAGAUUUUCGUAAUGGAAAAUCUGUAAUUUUAGUUGCAACUGAUGUUGCAGCUCGCGGUUUAGAUGUGGAAGACGUAAGAUAUGUGGUUAAUUAUGAUUAUCCAAAUUCUUCCGAAGAUUAUAUUCAUCGUAUCGGUCGAACCGGUCGUUGCCAACAAUUGGGUACAUCUUAUACAUUCUUUACUCCAGGAAAUGCUAAACAAGCUAAGGAAUUGUUAGCUGUUUUGGGUGAAUCUGGUCAAAAACCACCGCAAAAGCUUUUAGAUUUAGCACGUCUUAUUGGCAAUAAUGGAAAGGUACGACCUAAUAUGAAUAGUAAUAUGAUGAAUGGAAUGGUGAAGAAGAAUUGGCAAACAGACAAAAAUAGAAUGGAUCAACAACAAAAACCAAAUAUAAACUAUCAAGGUAAUACAUAUUUGUCACAAAAACAAUGGAAUAAUCCAAGAUCAUACAAUGGUCCAAAUUCUCAAAUGAAUAAUGGCACAUAUAAUGUUAAUGAACAAAAUGUGUAUUCAAAUCAGAAGCCUGUGUGGCGAAAUAAUCCAAAUGGAUCAGAUAACUUAAAUUCAAAAUCUAUUGAUGAUCAAAAACAAAAUAAAAUUGGUGACGGGGGAAAGUUUUUUCGACCACGUAUAAAUAAAAGAGAGAAUUUUAAUAAAAAUUUCAAUAUUGAACAAUCACCAAAUUUUAUGAAUGGAAAUGAACAAGUUAAUCAAAAUUAUCAAUUCCAAAAAGUAUUCCACUAUAAUAAUCGUCAAAAUAAUGGUAUUUAUUCACGUUAUAAUACAAAUAAUAUGGAAUUUAAUUCAAAUUUUAAUCAAAUGAAUAAUAAUGGUGCUAUGAGUCCUCCUUAUAUACAACAAGUGCAACAACAUCAUAGUGGCGGAAAUUUUAAUAAUAAAAAACGUAAUGAAAUUCAUGGAAAUUAUCAACAACAAUAUUCAACACAAAACUAUAACAAUAGUAAUAAUAAUAAUAAUAAACGUGGUGAUAUAAUAAAUACAAUUGAAAAUAAUAAUGAUGGUAUUACAAAUAAUAAUCAACAAAAUAGUGAACAAAACUACUCACCACAAUCUUCUUCACCCCCUAGUAUGAGUCCUAAUAAAACAGAAACCGUUGCAACAACAAAUAUAUCUGGUGGUGAAAAUAAAAAUCAACAGCAACAGCAUGUACAACAAAAUUUUAGUGGUGGUAUUUCUCCAACGCAAAUAACUCCAGCCAAUGCUUCUAAAACACUUCAAACUGGAGGUAAUAAUCAUCAAGCUGCCCCCGCAGCUCCUGCAAUUCCACCAUAUAUGAUUGAUACACAAGUUGGAAUGCAGAAUGUUAUGGCUUCAUAUGGUCAAUAUCCAUCGACAGCAGCGUAUUAUCAUUUUGUUCAACCAGCUGCAGAAACAGUUCAACAAUAAAAUUCUUAAUCUGAGCAUUCUAUUAAAGAAAAAAAACUAAGUGUUUGCGAAAAACUUUGUUUUUUUUUCUUGUUUUGUCUGUACGAUUAAAGGAAACCGAUAAUUUUUAUUUAAUACCACUGAAAAACUACAACAGCAACAACAAAUUAAAAGAGGGGGGAAAUAAAGAAUAAAGUAAGAGGGAGAAUAAUGGUAAAAAUUAAUUAAAAUAUCUUUGUUUUUUUAAAUAUAAAACAGUGAAUAAACAAAGAAACAACAAAAAAGAGAAUUAAAAAAUUUUAUAGAUUUAAAAAAAAAUUAAAUAUAAGAAAAAUCAAUAAUAAUAAUAAAUCAUGUAAUAUGUAAUAAAAUAUUAAAAUAUUUUAUUAAACAAAAAAAAAUUAAAAUGGUAAGAAAGAAAAGUUAUCAUAUAUGUGUGUGUAAAUACAUAAAUUCAACACACGUAUGUAUAUAUAUAUAAAUAUAAGCUAUACAGUGAUUAUGCGUAUACAUUUUUUUUAAAAA